UGCGCGCGUGCGUGCGCGCGCGCGCUUUUAAAGAGGAAAACUUUACGGUUGUUCAUGUUUAGCUUCACUUCUCGCGCACUCUUCGUCCCGGCUCUGUUUUGCCUUCAGCUUUUCUAUGCCCUGCUCUUUUUCCGCCUCUUCCUACUUUUGUGCGGAUGCAUGAAGAAGAUGCGCAUCCACAUCACGGAGCGGUUGUUUACAUUUUGCUAAAUUCCAUCCCUAAGUCAAGUUAAGCCUGUUUAUGCGUGUUAGUGUGUGGAUGUGAGCUGUGAUCCUCUCUUUCUGAGAGACAAUGACUGUCGCACUUUGCUCUUUCCCCGGCGGCGUCGCGUCGCUGAAGAUUGUUUUGCUGUGCUUCUCGUUGCCGCGCAUGGCCGAUGCUCUUCCGGACUCCGCGAGUCUCUCGCCACCUGUCAAUGGGUCGGGCUUCGCACCUGUACGGAAGACCGGCGGCUUCGUGCGCGCCAUCGACCGGCUCUACCACGGAGGCGGGAGAGUGGGCUACCUCCUCUAUUUGGACGAUCAGCGGUUUCAGCUUGACCUGGAGCGGGACGAAUCGGUGCUGUCGCCUCACUUUAGCUCUCCGUACAGUGCGACGCUACGGGGAGCGGGAAUGCUGCCUCGCGGCUGCUUAUAUCGGGGAACUGUGGACUCCAAUCCGGAAUCGUUGGCGGUGUUCAACAUGUGCAGGGGAGGACUAAAUGGAUUUUUCGCCGUGAACCAUGACCGCUACAAAAUCAAACCCAUCGCGCACGCCAAAGAGCACGAGAACGACGCAGAGCGCACGCUGCACUAUUACACCUGGGAGAGCUUCAGCUUCGAGGCCGUGACGGAACACGAAAGCUGCGGAACGCGUGAACGGAGAAGGCGCGAUGGAAGAGCGUGGAAGCGCCGAAGGACAGGUAAAGCGGACGGGGUGUUAAGGCGUGACGAUUACGAGGUGCACGGUAGGAGGUUUUGGGUUGAUUUCGCGCAAUCGCAAAAUGCAAAGAUGCGCCGCAAAAGAUCGGUGUCACGCGCGCGGCACGUGGAGCUGCUGCUGGUGGCAGACGCGUCCAUGGCUAAGAAGUACGGCAACGAUUUACAGCACUACCUGCUGACACUGGCGUCUAUCGCAUCGCGGCUGUACGGCCACGCCAGUAUCGAGAACCCUAUCCGCCUCUCCGUGGUGAAGGUCACGGUGUUGGCAGAGAACGAGAAAGGUCUCGAUGUGUCCAAGAACGCUGCUGCAACGCUCAAGAGCUUCUGCAAGUGGCAGAACCAGCAGAACCCCCUGGACGAUGACCAUCAGCACCAUCACGACGCGGCCAUUCUCUUCACCAGGCAGGACCUGUGCGGACAUCACUCGUGUGAUACACUGGGCAUGGCCGAUGUGGGCACAGUGUGUUCUCCAGAGAGGAGCUGCGCUGUGAUAGAAGAUGAUGGCCUGCAUGCUGCUUUCACUGUCGCACAUGAAAUUGGGCACCUUUUAGGCUUGUCUCAUGAUGAUUCAAAGUUCUGUGAGGAGAGGUUUGGCUCCACAGAAGACAAGAGACUCAUGUCAUCUAUCCUGACCUCCAUUGACGCCUCCAAACCCUGGAGCCGCUGCACCUCGGCCACCAUCACUGACUUCUUUGAUGAUGGAAAUGCGGAGUGUUUGCUGGAUAUGCCACAUAAUCCUUUGCUCGGUCCUGAGGAACUUCCUGGUCAGAGCUAUGACGCAGUGCGGCAGUGCCAGCUAGCCUUCGGGCCCGAGUACACGGUGUGCCCAGGCAUGGACGUGUGUGCUCGUCUGUGGUGCGCUGUAAUCAGGAAGGGCCAGAUGGUGUGUCUAACCAAGAAACUGCCAGCGGCAGAGGGCACACAGUGUGGCAAGGGCAGGAUAUGCCUGCAUGGGAAGUGUGUGGACAAGACACGCAAGAGGCAUUAUUCGGCCUCUAACCACGGUAGCUGGAGUUCCUGGGGGCCGUGGGGUGCGUGCUCUCGGACAUGCGGAGGCGGAGUGCAGUUCACACAGCGUCUGUGCAACAACCCCCCUCCUCGCAACAAUGGACGCUACUGCACAGGAAAGAGAGCCAUCUACAGGUCCUGUAACGUCACUCCAUGCCCCAUGCGAAAUAAGAAUUUUAGACAGGAACAGUGUGAGGCAAGGAAUGGGCCUCAGACAGACCCUAAAGGAGUGAAGACCUUUGUCGAGUGGGUGCCCAAGUAUGCUGGCGUGCUGCCAAAGGACAUGUGCAAGUUAACCUGUAGGGCCAAAGGCACAGGCUACUAUGUAGUGUUCUCACAAAGGGUGAUAGAUGGGACGGAGUGUAGGCCCUACAGCAGCUCAGUGUGUGUGAAAGGGAAGUGUGUGCGCACUGGCUGUGAUGGAAUAAUAGGAUCCAAGCUGCAUUAUGACAAAUGUGGCAUCUGCGGUGGUGACGGCACAGGCUGCAUAAGAGUGGCUGGCAACUUCACCAAGAAGAGUAAGGGCUAUACGGACGUUGUGAAGAUCCCAGAGGGCUCAACUCACAUGAAGGUCCGUCAGUACAAGACAAAAGGUCAGGCUCAGCUUUCUGCCUACCUAGCCCUGCGUCGGCCCAGUGGCGAGUACCUUCUCAAUGGCAAGUUCAUGAUCUCCACCUCAGAGACAAUAAUCCCUCUGAAUGGCACCAUGCUUAAUUACAGUGGCUGGAGCCAACAUGAUGAGGGUCUUCACACCACAGGGCCUGGGGCUCUCCGAGAGAGCCUUGUAGUGCAGGUACUAGCAACUGACCCAAAGAAGCCUCUAGACAUACGUUACAGCUUCUUUGUGCCUCGCAAAACACCGCUUCCACCUCGGACAACCUUGGUGUUUUCUGCCACACCUGCAGCAUUGUCCUCUGAUGAGGUCUUAACCAUGACCACAAAGGUUGUGCCCACAACAGAACCUCCGUCAGCAACCCUACCUGGGCCACGAUGGGUGACAGGUUCAUGGAUGACCUGUUCCAGGACUUGUGACACAGGCUGGCAAAGUCGUACAGUCCAGUGCAAGGACCCACAGGGAAAACUAGCUAAGGGAUGUCCUCUAGGGGACAGACCCUCAGCCUUUAAACACUGUCUGAUUAAAAAGUGCUGAGAACUCCUGAUGGAAAUGUAAUUGGGAAAACUUGUGCACAUGGAUGCAUGCUUCUUCUUACGGGUCUGCAGUGAAAGGUCUCGAAAAGAGACAGACAGACAAACUGGAGCACAUAGUGUCUUAUACAGCAGAACAGUUUCAAAUGCUUUUUCAUGCCUGAACUUCGUCAUUGUGAAACUGAAUUUUUCUAGCAUUAUGACCCUGGACAAGGAGUUCCUGCCCUGGCCUCUAAUGCAGUCACUUCAUCUGCUGCCUGGAAUCACUGAAGAGUCAACAUUAUGUAGCCACUCAUCUUAUGCCAACCACAAUCCUUUUGUCCAGCCAUCCCUCUAUGGGGUUCAGUGCAUUUCAGCUCAUUAACUACAUCAAAUUUAAACUGCAACCCAGAGAAGUCAGUAGAAAUUAAUCCUGAGUUCAUCAUAAAGAAAUGCAAGUUAAUGGAGUCUGAGCUAUUUAUGCAUGAUUGGACUGUACUAAAGACUACUCUGGCUAUGGACUGACUGGAAACUUUUGGAAACAUGCCCAAAGGUUUCUGGAUGUACACCAUGUUCCAGUACAUUCUCACUUGAUUAAUGUACGUACCACCAUAUUUGAAAAACUAUAAGAGCACUCUGUCACAUUUAUGACAAUGUGAGCUCAUCUAUGUCUUAGUGCUAAUUCUUUGGUUAAUGGCUGCCAAUGUUUUUUUAAAAUGUGCCCUGGAUUCCUGCUGAAAAAGGAAUGGACUGAAAACAAAAUUAUACGUUUCCUGAACAAGUGUUAAUUUAACACAUUUUCCAUUAGAACAUGCAUAAACUUUUAAAGCAAUAAUGGUGGACGUGUAUGAUGUUAAAAAUAGCAUGCAUUCAUACUAAAGAGGCAAAACCAUUUCUUACACCAUUUCUUAGACACGUGAUCUGUGUUAACAAAGCACAUACAAGACACAAAAAUACACUCUAAAGAUUAUCCUGACAAAUAGUAAAUAAAGCUUAAUAUCAAAAUGUAAACUUAGCAUAAAAAUGAAGUUUAUUACGUUUAUUUCAAAUAGUCAGUUCAACCAACUUGAAAAUACUGUUCUUUUUAAUCUGGACACAUUUUUGAAUGCACAAUUCAACUACAGGCAGAUGAUAGUUGCGUCAACUAAAUACACACAGGUGACAAAGGCAAAAACAACAAAUUAAGGUGCUGGGCCACCACAAACCACCUGAACAGCUUCUGUGCACCAUGGCAUUGAUUCUACAAAUGAACACAGUUUUCCCAAAUGUUAUUCCUUCAGUUAGUGUUUUAAUGAUGAUGGGGGAGAGCGCUGUUUAACGCAUUGGUCCAAAUUCUCUUAUGGGUGUGCAGUUGAGUCAAGUUGUGGUGACUGUGAAGGCCAUAUUUUCAUACUCAAAAAAUAUGCCCUGUGGAUGAGGAGGACAUGCCCUGGGAAGAGACUGCUCUCAAUAGGAUAGAAAUGUUUCAUCAUAGGAUAAAGGUGAUAAAUCAGAAGAACUUUGUAUUGAUUUGCAGUGGACACAAACCUUGCCAGCAAAUGCAGCUGCAUAACAGAGCCACCAUUUUCCAUUACUUUGUCACCCGUCUGUAUUUAGGCAGCCUACAGAAAAAACCAGAACAAAAUCAUUCCUACUGUAAUAUCUAUUCAUUAGGUGUUCAUGAAACCAAUCAUGGAGACAAAUGUAUUAAUUGAUUAAUAUUAACAUUAGCAUUCUAUUCUCUUCAUACUGGCUGAUACAAAUACACGUAUACUGAAUAUUAGGCAAUUAUCUUUAAAGCAUAUUAGACUGACACCAAGUCAUAGUCUUCAACUUGGUGCAACUAGCUAACCAAUACACACAAUUUUAAUCCUACAAAGUUAAAAUAUUACUAAUUCAAAAAAGAGUAGACAAUACUUUAAACUAAGCUAACAAUUUGCUUGGUCAUUUUUAAGUGAAACUGAGUGUUAGCAACAGCUUUUACAGUGAUGACAUGCUUGCCUUGUAACUGAGAGAUUAGGGUUUUAAACCUGAUGGUGCCUUUGUAUUCCUUUAGCCUUGAAUAUUAAGUUAUUCAAAUUAAUUUACAGAAAAUUAAAUGUCGUCAUGUUGUUAAUGUAUAAUCUAGUUGAGUUUGUCUGACAAUAGCACAGUUAAGUGGGGAAUACUUAAAAAGAUAAUUGCAAAUUGUUAAUGUGUAACAUAUAUUUCACAUUAUUGUUUGCUAUGCUUUCAAUUGCAUUCAUAUUAAGAACACAAAGUGGAAUUGUUUUGAAAUUGUUUAAAAUUCAGGUCAUGCCAGACACUUGUUCACUCAAGCUGAAACUUCAAUUGACUUCAAACUCUGAGGCCCUGAGAUUUUAGCUCUGUUUUUUUAUGUAUGCAGUACUGUCAGAUCAUUGCCAUGGGAAAAUGUCUUUGCUGAAUGACAAAAACACAGCACUGAAAUCAUAAUUUAUUAUGUGUGUAACUGGUAUGUAAAAAACUUGAUGAAUUUAUUUAUUGUUAUUUUUUUGUAUUUGACAAGGAAUAUGAAUAUAUGACUAAGCAGACUAUUUCCUUUUUAAGAAUGUUUUUGUUUGUUUUCAAGUCAUCUUCAUAAUAUGUAUAUAAAAUCUAUAUAUUUAAUUUGUUCUUUCUCGGCUUUCUAAAAUUCCUUUUACCUUGCACAAUCAUAUACUAUAUAGAAUCACAUUUGUGUGAUGUUGCACAACCAAUGUAAGAACGCAAUAGAGAGUAUAUUUUUUAAAAAGACAAAUUUUGUCAAUUACAAAUUGUCAUUUACAAAAUGUUAACAGUUAUUUUCUUCUAUCAAAUCGAUGUGAUAUGACAGAAUCUCAUAACUUCAGUAUUUUCUUACUUUGCUGGUCAACAUCAGUCAGUUUUAUUCCACUCCAUUCAACAAAAAAAAACUGCUCUGGAUGUAGACGCCCCUGUUGAACUCAGCCAGCUGGAAUUUGUAACUAUUGUAUAAUUACAUCCAUAUUUCACACAGUUUACGCCAGCUGAGACAACUGAAGUACAAUAAAGAGUAAAUUCAG